UCAACAAAAAACAUUAACAAAGCAAAAUAAMAACAAGAGCAAGUGCAAGUGUACGAAGAAAAAUUAAUUAAAAUGUCUAUUGUUUGCACUUUGGAGCCAAAAGUGAAUUUAUUCAAAAAUUCGGCAGCUAAAAAUAUGCUUGUUUUAAAAAAUAAUAAUGCGCUGAAGCACACAGGGUCAACUAACGGCGCAGCAGUGGAUCCAGCUAAAAAUUAUAACAAUAAUAUAUACGCAAAGGAUAAAACCAACAACAUUAACAGCAAAAACACUGACAUUUACAACAACAAUAAUUGUAAUAACCUCAACCAGCAACAAUUAGAGCUYUUGCAACAGCAGUACAAUAAACGGAAUACCGUUGCUGAGCUGAUCGCUCGCCAACAACAACAGCAACAGCACCAAAUAUCCAAUGAUAUCAGCUCCACGGCCAACAGUGAAGCUUUGAAUAGUGGAAAUUUCGUCACUGAUAUGCCGGAAAUUCUCAGCGUUGCUGCCUUAAAUACUAACCAUCACAAGAAUAACAAUAACAUAAGUUCCUCGGUAGCAGGUUCGAACACAAAAACAGCUACAAUGCACAACGUACGCUUACCGUCCAUUUCGCCGACACUAUCGUUGAACGGCAGCUCAAAUGAUGCAAACAAUGUACACGCCUACUCCAUGUACGGCCCUAUCAGCCCACAAUCCAGUGACAGUGGUCACAGCUUACCCGAUAACAUGUCGCAUGUGAAUGGCAAGCAAUACCGCAACAGCUUCAGCGGUUCCAACAGUUCAUUUGAUUCGCACGGCAUGUCCAAGUCACAGUCGCAAGCGCAUAAGGAUCURUUCACACAGCGCAAGCAGCGUGAGUUUACGCCGGACAGCAAGAAGGACGACAGCUAUUGGGAUCGACGUCGACGCAACAAUGAGGCGGCCAAACGCAGUCGCGAGAAGCGUCGCUACAAYGAUAUGGUCUUGGAACAGCGUGUCGUUGAGCUGACAAAAGAGAAUCAUGUGCUCAAGGCACAAUUGGACGCUAUCAAAGAUAAGUUCAAUAUUUCCGGUGAAAAUUUGGUGAGCGUCGAACAGAUAUUGGCUUCAUUGCCCACCAGYGAGCAGGUAUUGAGUAUUACGAAGCGUGCCAAAAUGACAAUAAAUGGCGGUUUCAAUGGCGCUACCACAGCGGUGCCCACAUCCAUUGUCUACGGUAUACCAGCGCACRCAAACGCCAAUGGCGCAGGUGGCAUGCCUAGCACUACAACCAUGGCACAAACACCCACUUCCAAUGGCAUACUGACACCACAAAAGUCUAACACCAUGAAUCAGGUGGCGAACAGCGAUCCGAACAGCGCUUUGAACGGCGACAACGGCUUGUURUGCAAAACGUCACAACAGUCACURCAGCAGGCCAUUAAGAAUGUGAAUCAAACAAAUAUGGCCAAUACAUUAACGCACCCGCAUGUGAUAUCGUCGGUCGCACACAUGCAAAUGUCCACCUCGCCAGUACACCUCAACCCCGAACACUAUCAGCCUCCACCACCCCUGCCGCUCAACACCAACUAUAACGCUGAAAUGGCACGUGCAAACAACACGAGCGUUUUAAAUAACGGCGUCAAUAACGCUAAUGCGCCCACACAUUUGGAGAGCGCACGUCACCACGUGACAGCAGCGACACCGCAGCAACAACAACCAGCACCUCCGUCCAAUCUGCAGAACUUGCACGUGUUGCAAGCACUCAAUCGCAAUGUCAACUGCGAUGAUCUCGAUAAUUUGCGCAAAGUUGUUGCUGUAGUCGGYGCUGCUAUCAACACGAAUGGCACAACCGACACGACCGAAGCGCAACUUGCUAUCAACACGAAUGGCACAACCGACACGACCGAAGCGCAACUUUACAAUGCACCGGUAACGGCACCUCUAUACGUGCCACCACAUCCCGCCAGCAUGUAUGCCUACAGCACAAAGGAACAGGUAACAGCGUCCAGUCAGAAUUUAGAAAACGGCUAUCACACAAAAUCACCUGAACUCAAUGGCGUCAGCUCGAGCGCGGUCGAUGCGGUUACCUCCUCAUCCGUCAACGGUAAUGGCGCUGCUAACGGUGGCAAUGACGUGUUAAAUUUAUCRCGUCGCGCUUGCUCGCCGGCCUAUGAGCAUAUGCUCUCAUCCACCAUCUCGUCGUCGGCCUCCUCAUCAGGUGUGGCCUCCGGCGAUGAUGAACACGAGCCGGAUGGCGUUGACGAUAUCGAGCAUAACAAUGCGGUCAACAUCAGCACCACCAGUCCCAGCAGCAGUGAUUCGAACAAUUCUUUGCCGCUCAAGUUGCGCCAUAAGUCACAUUUAGGUGAUAAGGAUGCGGCUGCUACGGCGCUGCUAGCGCUACAACACAUUAAACAAGAGCCGGUGAGUAAUCGCGCUUCACCACCCGGUUGGGUGGACAAUGGCGAUAAUUCGAGCGAUGAACGCGACUCGGGCAUCUCAAUCGGCAGCGCCGAGUGGACCGCACAAUUUCAACGCAAAGCCGAUAAGAGCAACAGCUCAAUUGUGGGCGUGACACCGUCCGAACGCGAGCACAUACUGAAAUCUCAUUUGGCACGCCUCGAAUCGGAGGUGGCUAACAUCAAGAAUAUGAUGAUCCUAUCUGUAGAUCAGAUAAAUACACCGGCGGAUUUAAAAAUCUAAGCUGCUUAGCUACGCGGCUCAGCCACAUUUGUAGGGAAAACUGUAACCGUGUGUGCGGAUCAGUCAAAUUUGUGGAAAAAACCAUAAGCGCUUGUAUGGAGAGAGAGCAGAGACACAAUAACUUUUUUUUACAUAUUUGUGGGGAGUGCUUUUGUUAGAUAGGGGCGUGUUUAUUGUAUUAAACGUAUGGGAAUUGAGGCAUGUAUGUCUUAAGUUUUGUUGUGUACUGAAAUUUUUUUUAUUAAAUGAAAAUUGGACAUAAAAAAUAAUUGUACAAAAGUUGCUUAACUGUGUAUUAGUUAACUUGAUUUAAUUUUAAUUUAAUUUUAGCUGUCAAAAAUAUAAAAAUAAUUAGAAUUUAUUAAUUUUGCAUACAAAAUAUAAUAACAUAGCACUCUUAGCAGCCGCGGGCAUGUGAACACACCUUYAGCAAAUAAAAUUUGAAAGUGUUAAAUGUCAUAUAUCAACAAAGAAGUUGGCAACGCGUAGCAUCAUAUCAACAAAUCUUAUUCAAUUAUUUUCAAAUCAUUAUUUUCGGUUCUUCAWAACAUUUUUUUUUUCUAAUUUUGAGUUGCAAAAUCAUUUCAUUGUUGCUAACUUCAAUCUAAUUAUUACUUAGUUGUUUAAAUAAUAAAUAAAAUUKUAUAAAAAAGUUAAACAAAACAAUUUGCAGCUAAUAAAUCCUAUAUAGUGCAUACUUAGUUAUAUUUAUAUGAUAUUAAAAAUAUUGGAAAACUUCAUUUUCGAAUGAAAUUUUUCGGUGGUCAACUUGUGCAAAUGAAUUUAAUGAAUUUUUCUUUAUUUAUUACAUUUUCUUUACUUUUGCUAAGAUCUCUCUAAGAUAUGUAGUACAUGUAAUUAUUUAACUAAUUAACUAGCUAGCUUGCCACCUGAUAUUUAUAUAUACGCAUAAUAAUUGUAUUAUAAAUACCAUUGUAUUAUCAGUUAGCAUAGGCAUACCUAAUAUUAUCAAUAUAUGCGUUAAAAAAUAUAUGUACAUAACGGUCUGAGUACAAUUCUCAGCUAACACACAAUUUGAAAAAAAAGAAAUAAAUAAAAUAUUAAAAAAAAAAAAUAAAUAAAAAAUUGCUUAAAAUU